AUGGAUAAAAUCGAAUAUCGUGCGGUGAUUAAGUUUCUCACAAAAGAAGGUAUAGCACCAAAAGAUAUCAAUGACCGCUUACGUGCUGUUUAUGCCCCUAGGGCAAAGCUAUUCAAGUGGGGCAGAGAAUCAUUGGAAGAUGAUCCACAUACAGGUCGGCCAGUUGAAGUAACUGCUUCAGAUAUGGUGGAGAAAAUUGAUCAUCUCGUGCACGAAAAUCCUCGAAUGAGCAAGAAAGUGUUAGCAGCAAUGUUUGACAUCUCAACUGGCAGUGUAUUCAAUAUACUUCAUGAAAAAUUGCACAUGAGAAAGGUUUGCUCACGAUGGAUUCCAAGAACUUUGAACAGAGCUCAAAAAGAAGAACGAAUUGCUGCUGCACGUGAGUUUCUCGAGUUGUUGGAAUGGAAUGAAACGGACAAAUUUGAGCGAAUAGUGACUGGCGAUGAAACGUGGAUCCACUACUAUGAUCCAGAGCUUAAAUCACAGACGAAGGAAUGA